AUGCCGCUAUCUGGUCGACAAUGGCUACAAGGCCUCCUGGCCUGCUCCUGCUGGGCCUGCUCGCAGGCGAAGACUGUGAUGGGAAUCGCGGGCGGCUCCGACUACCAGCUCGUAUCCACCUUCUGCUUCACUUUCCCUGACGCACGACCAGGCGAGAAGCAGGCGAACGGGCACAUCCACUCGCAGACGAUCGUCUCGACGAACAGUCACAAGUUCCUGGUCCUCAACCAGACGGAGCUGCAGCAAGGCCUGCCCUGCGAGGAGCUCGUGAGGAGGGCGAAGGUCAUCGAGCCGCUGAGCGAGCGCACGAAGGAGGUCAUUGCGUACGAUUUGACGCUCAACGUCGAGCCGUCCAUGAAUCGCCAGCACAUUGCAGCGGUGAUUGCAAGAUGCGGCGAGACGAUCAAUGCAGAGUACAUCGUAGAGUUUACAAACCCUGGCGGUUACUCCGAGGAGCACUUCGCCUGCUCCGAGCAGGGCCUGCUGGAGUCCUACAUCUGGUUUUCCGUGCUGGGCAUCGCGCUUGCGCCACCGUUCGGCUCCGCGCUGCGGGUUCUCCACCGGCGCCAGGCUCACAACGACGUCAGCGCGAUAUUUUUUACUGGCGCUGUAUUCUUCGG